AAACGAGAAAAAGCUGAAAAUCAAACCUCCUAGAGCAUUGCAUCAAAUAGAGAGUCUGUACUUUGGAAUGAGAUACAUUCCAUCACAAAACGAGUUUUCCAAUUAUUUGUAUGGGAAAUCAUUGGGUGAUUUUGUGUCAGCGAGGAGCAUAAUUCUGUUUUUUCGUUUGAAAAUGGACAGAAGUUUUCUGGAGAAACCCGUGUCUACCUGGGAACUAAUCCUUCCUUUCUGGCGGCAAAACGAAAGUCUUUUUCUUUAAGAGCAGUCAAUGCUACGGCAGAACGGUCUGUGAAACUAUACAGGAUUUCCAUGGUCUAAUCGCUGCUGAAGAGGAGCAAAAGCAGUUUUGCUACUUGUGUAAAGGAACACAGGAAACUGUACUCCGACUGUAAAAAA